CAGCGUCAAUCUUUAUGUAGCCGUCUCAGCAGAUAGAUAAAACCAUGUGUCUGCAUACUGACUACAUUCUGGUUUUCUUAUAUUCAAACUAGUAGGCUAUAGCGGAAACUGACUGCUGAAGAUCCAAACUAAUACAACGGUUACCUUCUCUAUUUUCAUUUUUUAUUUUAGGGAAACCAGUAUGACGGAUAAUGUUGUCAAUGUUGUCAAUUUAUAAACGAUUUGUUCAAGACCAUCCAUCUACUACGACCAGCACUCGUCGCCUUUCAGCACACAUGCGAACAGCACCCGCUUAGUUCUCUGAAAUACAGCGCUAGUGGGACAGAACCAAGCGGUUGCCACUGCAGUCAGAUGCGUAGCCUGAUUUGCCUUCCGUGGACCAAACGGACAGAUCUUUCAGAAAGAUUGAUGCAGUAGGGAGCUUUUUUUAUAGACAAAAUACUUUCAUCAAUGAAUAGUUUACUAAGCUAAAUUAAAACAUUGAAAAAACGUCAAAGAAAUUGGAUCCCUGGAAAAGAAUAGCCUACCUACUUUGAAGACUUAUUCCACGUUUCAUGGAAAAUGAAACAUAAUUUUUUAUGUCAUUGCAGAACUUUUAAAUUGGAAUUACAAAUCAACACUAAGGUUACAUCCAGUAAAGAAUGUUGAUCCAAGUGACCUGAGCAUUUCAAGGAUGUCUUGGAACCUGUCCUUCCUGCCGUCAACAGUGUCGCCGGGGCUCCCCGUCGCCAACUCCUCCCAGUUCCCAUCACUGACGGAAUGGGAGGCACCCACCUUUACCCGUGCGGCCCAAUUCCGUGUCAGCGCCACCUUUGUCCUCUUCCUGUUUGCCGCCUGCAGUAACCUCGCGCUAUUGGUCAGUGUGUGCCGAGGGCGUGGCCGGAGGCUGGCCUCCCACCUGCGACCGCUAAUCGUUAGCCUGGCCACAGCAGACCUGAUGAUGACGUUUGUGGUGAUGCCGUUGGAUGCCAUCUGGAACAUAACAGUGCAGUGGUACGGCGGGGACGUCUUGUGUAAACUGCUCUGCUUCCUCAAGCUGUUUGCCAUGCACUCUUCUGCGUUCAUACUGGUGGUUAUCAGUCUGGAUAGGCAUCACGCCAUCCUGCACCCCUUAGACUCACUCAACUCCCACCACAGGAACAAGAGGAUGCUGGGAUUGGCUUGGAGUCUGAGUCUGCUGCUGGCCUCCCCACAGCUGUUUAUCUUCCGCGCCAUCAAGGCAGAAGGCGUGGACUUCACCCAGUGUGUGACCCAUGGCAGUUUCCAAGAGCGAUGGCAGGAGACAGUCUACAACAUGUUUCACUUCGUCACCCUCUAUGUGUUCCCUCUGCUGGUAAUGAGUUGCUGCUACACCCGGAUCCUCAUCGAGAUCAACCGUCAACACCACAAGAACAAAGCUGGGGAAUCGUGCCUUAGACGCAGUGGCACAGACAUGAUCCCCAAGGCCCGUAUGAAGACACUCAAGAUGACCAUCAUCAUCGUGGUAUCCUUCACCGUCUGCUGGACACCCUACUACUUGCUGGGCAUCUGGUACUGGUUCCAACCCAUGAUGCUGCAGGUCACGCCGGAAUACGUGCACCACGCCUUGUUUGUCUUCGGCAACCUGAACACAUGCUGCGACCCAGUCAUCUAUGGUUUCUACACGCCUUCUUUCAGAGCUGACCUGGCUACGUGCUGGUGCUCCAAGAGGACCAGGGACUCGGCUGCUUCUCCCAGGUCUUUGGACCGCCUGUCCGCCCGGCAGGGACCUCACAGUGGGGAGCACGACUCUGACGGCCCCAGUGGGGACCAGACCCGAGGCACUGCAGGAUAGUUUCAUCCUCUCGCACCCAAUGAGUUUGUGUUUAAGCCUUGAAGUAAAGUGAAAAUACUUUUGCGUUUUCAGGGCAAUGUAACUAAACCCAUCGUGUGAUAUGUGGACAGAGCAUCAAUAUAAUACGUUUGGCAAUUUGUGGAAAGUGUUGGAGAAUUGAAUGAAACAACUGAAAUUCCUGGGUACCACCAUUGUGGAGGUAGACAAACUACACAAUGGAGAGUGAAACUCCUAUUUCUCCAUACUGUAGGGUCUAGUUCAAUAGGCAGUAGGUGAGAGCUUUGAGUCUCAUGGUGGCCAUCACCACUUCCAAAAUAAAUCACUGAACUGAGAAGGUGCUGGAAUUUAUCAUUGGAACUCCAGAGCCAUUUGACUCACCUUUCAGUAUUUAGGUGGAAUCUGAUAAGUUAAAUCGCAGAAACAGCCAAUUGGAGUGUUUGAGAACAUCUGUCAGGUCAAUAAGACUGUGCCCUACAAACAAAGGUGACUUUUAGACGCCAGUAUAUCUUCACAGCUGCAUUGAGGGGAUACUGUACAUCGGACACAAUUUAAUUUCACUGUCUUUGAACAUUACAUUACUGUAAUUAGUUGCAGAAUCUAACAUUCAUUCUGGUCCAAUUAUCCUAAAAUAAAGUUUCUUUUUUACCAGCAGAUCCGCCUCUACCUCUAGCAAACCAAUUACAGUACAACUCUCCUGGCUGUGUGACUUUACACACCAUCUCCCCACAGAUUGCUUUUCCAUGCAGCUAUGGGCAUUGUGUAAACGCAUUUAUACAUUUCUAAAAUGUCAAUUGCACUCUGUAGUGAGGAUUCAUACAGAACUGUCCGUUCAAUCAGGACGUUCAUGACUGAUAACCAAAGUGCAGAACUAUUGAAUAGAUAGCCGGACUUUAUUUUACACUUUAUUUUCAACCUGUAUUGAAAUGUAAAAAACCUUUACUGCUAAGAUCCAGCUGCUGUACUGUAUAUCUUAUGUUUGGUAAGUGCAUGUUUGGUAUCACAUUCCAAGUGUGUUUGUAAGUCAACAACUUGUCAAUGGUGGAUCGAAUAUGACAUAAAGGUUUAACUGAAGCUGAAUUAAACUUGAAUUGUUAUGCAGCAAUUAUAUUACAUUUGUAAAUCAGUUCAAUACUUAUAUAAGCAAGGGAGUCACAAAGAUUCAGCACAUGAAGGAAACUACCAGGCGUUAGGUAUUAGUGUAUAUCUUCGGGGUGUAUACUUUCACCUUCUGAUACAGGACAAUGUCAUCAUUUGCUCAGAGCUAUGAAUUUCAUUUAGAAUUAUUGCAUUCCCUCAAUAGCUUUGCAUAUUUCAGCUAAAAAGCUGUUGUAACAUGAUAGAGUGAUAUCUGUAUUCAUCAUCAGACCCGCAAGUGUAAUAUUUUAUUAUUUACACUUGCCAAAUUUAAAUAAAUAUCAAAAAUAUUUUCUUUGUUUCUCUUUUUAAAGAUUUAAGUGUAUUUAAAUUGAACAUCUACUUUCUCCUGUAAGCAAGACAAGCACAACAUAUUACAUUUGGAACUUAUCUAAGAAGAUACAUUUCAUCUCACAAUGUUUUUGACUGACCUAUAUUUGAAAUAAUCUGGUAUUCUAGUAAAAUAUUUCCAUCAAACAAAAAUGUUAUUUGAAUUGUGUAAUGUGUUGUCUGUCUAUCAGUCUGUAUAUCAUGUAAGUGGCUGUCAUAUGUUUUGCUGUUGUA